AGAAGACCCAGUGAGAAAUAAACGCAAAAGCAAUUUGGCACUUUCCAAGAAAACUAGGUGUAUCUACUUUAUUUGUUCUUUCGCUAUUUUCGGGUGGUGCACUGUCUAAGAUUUUUAUUUUUGAAAUCGUUGGUACAAGAAUGGUCCUGUCGUCCUCACAGCAAGUUGUUGUUGCCUUCACUGCUGUUCUGUUCGCAUUUGUGGUGUUCCCCAGAAUGUUCGGAGGUGGGACAGGGUCGAGGGAACCCAAGUCUUAUGAACAGCGAUACAAGAAAGGUCCAGGCCCAGGGGCAUUAAAGGGGCAGCCGUUCAGCAUGAACCCCACCUCCCAGCCUGGCCACCAGGGCCAGAGUGCAGAGAGCAUAAAGCAGAUGAGGAAGAUGGUGGAGCAGGAGAUGAAGAGUGAUAAAUAUAAAUCCAACAGUAACAACAACAAAGGCUACGUCUUCACCCUCAUGCCUAUGUAUGCCAUCGGUGUGGGGCUGUUUGCUGUGUACAAGUUCUUGAAGAUUAAAUCGGCAGACGACAUGCAAGCCCAGAAGGACAAGCUUACAAAAGGGGCCAAAAAAUCUGAACAAACAGAAAGCCAGUUGAACGAGUUGGAGCAGCGGCUAGCGCAGACGGAGAGAAUGCUCAAUUCCAUUCUUACCCAGCUGGACCCUUUAACAAACUGUGUGAAGUCCGUGGCCAUGGACCAGAAGAAUGAGAUCAUGUCCCAACUCCAGAGUAUUCGCCAACUGAUGAAAAAAAGGGGCAUGGAAUGCCCUCCCCUCAAUAUAGAAGAGCCGGCCUGCCAGAGGAACCUGGACGAGCUCAUCGAGACCCUGGCAGCACGGCAGAAAGUUCCAGAAUCCACAACGGUGCAAGAACAGGAAGGGGAGACAACUUUGGAGCCGGAGUGUGCAGCCUCUGAGCCGGUGAAGACAGGAAAUGACAUGGACUUGGAUGCUGCCACGGAGGUGCUGAGAGGUGGAGAGAAGGAAACAAGUGAACGAAAGGAAGAGGAAGAGGACGAGGAAGGAGAAGACAGUGACCACAGCAUGCCCUCCCUGGAGGACCCCAGUGAGAUGUCUAUAGAAAAUAUCGGGGCCACCUCUCAGAAUGUCACAGAAAGUUCUUUGAUCGGUUUGCGGAGGCGCAACAGACCUGAAUGAAUUGAUUUGCCCUUCAUGCAAACUUUUGAUGUAAUGAAAAAUAUUUAUUUACCAUUUAUUUAAUGCAGUCAUUGCUUUUAAUUGAUUUCAACAAACACUACGUGUGUGUGUGUGUGUGUGUGUGUGAGAGAGAGAGAGAGAGAGAGAGAGAUCUGAAACCUGACUUGUCAUAUCAUAAUCAUGAAGAUGUUACUUUUUAUAUUUCACAAGAUACUUUGAUAGUUUCCUCACUUAAUCACUGUAAGUUUUUUUUUAAAUCACAUUUUUUAGAUCAUUCUAGAGCCUUGCGGUUUGUUCAAAGUUGCUGUGUAGCUUCAUGUUAAAGGAGAAAUCCAGCCGAUUUUUACAUGGAUCUUGACCGCUAGACGUCGCCGUUUAGAUGAUGCCCCCCAGACCUAGCAUUGUAGCUGACUUUCCCUUUUUUUUCCCCUAUCAACAGUACUCAGCGACGUCUAGCGAUCAAGAUCCACGUAAAAAUCGGCCGCAUUUCUCCUUUAAAGUAUAAAUCCAGCCAUAUGCUUUUCACUCUGAUGCACUGAUAUAAAUUAUUUUUUGGCAUACACUUCUGGGCAGUCUGGACAUGCAGUAUGGCUAUACUGUAUGCCCCCAUGUCCUCUUGCAAAGAGUGGAUUGAAGGAAGAAGGCUUCCAUCAUUCAUUUUCUUAUUUAAAUUAAAAUGUUCUCUUCUUAUUGCAUAAUGCAUGAAUCAGUUGGCUCAAGCACUUUUUUCAGUGCAAUGCUGUCUUCCUCUUAUCCAUUAUUGAUUUAUUGGGUAUGCUAUAUAUUAUGCAAUGUUUUUGUUAUAACGAAGAAUAUUAAUCUUCACCCUCUCUUGUUUUUUAUGCAUGAUGACAAUCAUUGCUGUUUUGUUUUUUUUAAAUCACAAGUUACAUUUUACAUUAAGAACCAGAUGACACUUAAAGCAGCUGUUUCUUUUUUCAGUUGGUCAAAGGACAGUGGCCAUAAGUAAGGUUUGAUGGAACGUUUGCUGGAAAUCGUUUGACAUUGCUUUAAAAACAGAACGUAUGAAUGGCAUGCUUGCUCUCGUUGGCUGUCGAAGGCAUACGUUUAUACCUCAGUGUGCUCUGAAUCUCUUCAGAAGCAUCACAGUUCGAUCACCUAUGGUGAAAAUCGAAAUGACAAUAACAACUGAACUCCAUAAUCACAUUUAAUGUAGUAGCCUGUUUUAGCCAUAGUUGAUCUAGUUACACAUAAAACAGAAUCAAGUUUAAAAACAUCUUUUAGUGCUUGAGUUCUUCAGAGUUUUGCAGCCCCUCAUUGUGCUUCUAAGCAGUUUGAAGUAGAUAUAGCGAGAGGUCUGCCCCACUGUUUAAAGUUUGCAUGAAAACACUGAAGUUUGUGUGAAGAGCUAUGACUAUAAAUACAUGUCCCUGAUUAGGCUGCUCAUUUGAGUGGUGAUAAUUAGUCGUUCCACUGUUUGUCUACUGUCUUCUUGUCUUGUCGUUUCAGAAGUUAAUAUGUACGAUUGUUAACUAAAGUGUGCUUAUUAAUAAUAUGUAUGCCUUGUGUGAAAUUAUAUGUGUCAUUGUUUUAGUUUUUAUCAUACAGUGUAAGUUUUCUUUUUUUGUCUCCUGCUUUUCUGCAAGGAAACUUGUCUGCAUCUGCAAAGAUACUUGUACAUCUUGACACCUGACAUUUUACCACUUGGCAAGACUGGCAUCCCAAAGGAAAAUCUCUUGUCUAGAAAAUGUCUUUUCUUUGGCUCAUGACAAAUUAAUCAGCUCUUACUGAGAUCUCAUCUGUUUCUCCUAAGGGACCCCCAGGAGAAAUAAGGUGAGAUAAGAAUAGAUUGAGAAUAUCUUAAGUUGAAUUUAAAUUGGACUUGGCCUGAGACUAGAGGAGAGCUAUUUCUCAGCUGCUGUGGAAUGGUAGGCCUAUGUUUAUCUUCCAUUAGAAAUAUUUGUCUGCUUCACUGUAUUCAGAGGUUAAUAAGAAAUAUUUUGAGCAAUGCUGAUUUUUCCCCCCAGCAUAGAUUCUCAUGUGUUUGUUUACACUGUUUGGCAGUUUGUACCCUUUUUUCAUUUCCAUUGUUUGUAAUUUAAAGUUUGUAAGUGGUACUGUUAGAAUGAUAGAAUGCAUCUAAGACAAGAGAAACAACAUGUUGUAUGCCUUACUUUAAUACAAAAUGACAAUGAAAAA